AAGCUUCCAGACUGAGAGUGAUAUCCAGGUCAGGGUUCUCCUAAAUAAGAUUGCAAAAAUGGAAGUGGAUAAUAGAGCGGGUGAGAAUGUGAAAGAGGACCUGGAACAGGCACUUCUUGAGACACAGCGCUUGGUCAAAGGCAUACAAGAAUUGAAUUCCCAAAUUCUAUAGGCAUCUCAGGAAUUGCAGAAAACUUGUGCCGAUCUUAAUAAAAUACCAGAAAUACAGGCUGAACUUGACAAUUUGAGGAAAGAGCACCAGAGAUUACGAUUAUAAUUUGCUUUUACCUCAAGGUCCAUGGUGAGUGUGGCAAAGGCGAGUGCGAUGCUGUUACAGCACCAGAACGGCGGCAACAACAAGCCAGCGUGUUGGAGGUUUGCAGCGGCGCAUCCAAGGAAGCCAAUCUCCACUAGCAUGGGCUUGAUUUCAUUCUUCACUAGCCACGUGGCAUCUGAUCUCAAGCGGUACUCUUACUGGUUGGCGUAACAAAGCUUCUUCAACAAUUUCACCACAAGGAACUUUUUUUUUUCUUUUUUUUUUUUAUUACAUUUCAGUGUUAAAAUUCUUGCUUUUCUUGGUGUUGCUGUGUUUAACUACUAUAUUUUGAUGUUUCAUUUGUUCAAACACUUUAGGAGGGGAUUAGUGGCGUACCCAUUGAUAUU